UGUAGCUGCAACUUACUAAAAUAUAAUAGCUUCAAUUGCAUUAGUAAAAUAAUAUCUUUAGAAUAUUAGCAUUUGACAUGACAUCCUUAAAUAAUAGGAAAAUAAAGUCUAUGUUAAGAAGUAAUACAAAAUGAUGGAUUUAACAUAGUUGGAUAAGUUUGGUAAUAUAAUUUUGCUCAAUUUAUAUUGAUAUUUUUACAAUUUGUUAUUAUUUUGCAAAUUGACAUUCCUCCUCAUCUCCUAUCUUUUAUAUCUAAAAUAUCUAAAGAGGAGUACUUUCCUGGAAAAAUUGCAUGUUUGUCUCACUUGGUAGCCAUUGAAAAUAUUAAGAAGAAAUUGACUGAACCACAAUUGGAGAUGUUUAGAAAAUCAUGUUUUGGUCAUUUUUUACUCCUUCCCGAACUUAGAUUUUCAGCCCAAAUUGUUCAUCAAUUGUUGUUACGUCAAUGUGAAACCAAAAAAGACAAUGAAAUAUGGAUUUUAUUAAAGUCAAAGGGCUUAAGAUUUAGUAAAGAAGAGUUUGCAUUGAUUACGGGCUUGAGUUUUGGUCCUAUUACAAAAUGUGAUAAAAAAUCAUUACGAAUAAGGGACACAUACUUUAAAGGAGAAAACAAGGUGCGUAAUGAUGAGUUGGAGAAAGUUUUUCUUUCUUUAGGAGAGGAAAAGAAAAAGAAAAAGAAUAAGAAAAAAAAAAAAAAGAUUUGAAGAUGAAGAGGUGAUAAAGUUGGCACUUUUGUAUUUUUUAGAGCAUGUUUUAUUUGGGAAAGAAGGAAAAAAUUUGAUAGAUAUGGAAUGGGUUGCUUUGGUUGAUAAUUUGGAGGCUUUUAACAAGUAUCCAUGGGGGGGGAUUUGUUAUGAGAGGACACUAUUUGGUUUGCAAAGAGCUUUGGAGAACCGGGUAUCCAAAUACCAAGAUAAAAAGAAAACAAAGGGAGAAGCUGCAGUUGAAGCAUAUAGUCUUGUUGGAUUUCCAUAUGCAUUCCAGGUUUGGGCAUACGAGGCUAUUCCACUUAUUGGAUUGAAAUAUGCCACUCGUGUAUCUGAGAGGUAUCCUCGAAUAUUAAAUUGGAGUGCAACAAGUGCUCCAAGGUCUACUGAGGUUGAAAAUGUAUUUCUAGAGCCUCAUUUAACUUUUCAUUCGCUUCUAACACCCACUUUAGAGGAGCAACAACAAGACUAUUACAAGCAUGUAGAUAAACAAGGAGCUUCAGCAGAAAUGUUGCACCAAUCAAAUGCCUCACAAGAUGCCAAGAAUGAUGACUUAAGGCAUGAAAAAAGCUCAUCUGACACUGCUGCAUAUGUUGCUGCUGCUACUGCUGCAAUGACAGAAGAAACAACAAAUGAUGCAAUCACCCCAUCAAUAGAGGUUAAGAGUUCGAAUGAGGAACACGGUAUGCAUGACACUAGAUUCAGAAAAUCUAGUACAAAAGAAAAUGAUAACAAUAUGGGCUUUGAUUUCCAGACUGGAAUUUUUGAGGAUGUUACAGAUGAUGAAGUGGAGAGAAAUGACAUUCCCAUGGAUGUGAACAUUGAUAUGGAAGCUUCUAGAAACCUUCAGCUUGCAGAAAAACACAUGACUAAAGAGUUGAAAGAUGACUACUCUAUUGAUGAUCCAGUUAUUGAUAUUGCCAAGUUGUUUGGUACCCCAACUAUGUCGGGCGAGUUUUCAGUAUAUGUCAUACCUCACCAUCUAUCUCCUGCCAUUUUUAAGCGAAGGCGUGAGAUUAAAAAGUCUCAUAUCUUACAGCACCCUUUUACAGAUCCCACCAAGAGAAAGAAACUAAGAAAAGAGAUUGAGAAACCAUUAACUUCAUUUGAUCCUUUGCAUCCAAUCUCUGAAGAAGCAUUAGAGUCCUUUCAAAAGUGGAUGAGUGAUGACCAAGGGUCCACAAUUGACAUUGACUACAUGCAUAUAGAUAAAAAAUGGUUUCAAUCACUGUCUAAUCAUGGUUCAUGGCUUGCUGACACGCACAUUGAUGUUGCCUUCUUCUUUUUCCGGAAGCGGCGAAUAGAAAAUCCUCAUCUUUUUUCCCAAAAGUUUACCACAAUGGAUACUAUGUUUUGCGUAUGUGUAGUUUGA